GAGACUAUAUUUCUCUGCCGCUUGCCAUUCACCAAUCAACGCGGACACCUGAGCAUUGGAGAGGUCCAGAGUAUUGAACGGAGAGAAGAAUCGGGCAGGAAAAUUAGUUCACGCCGCCGGCCAUAAAUACGGGAGCAGGGGCACCAAGCUAGAGCGAAAUUCAACAAAUAUUCCAUAAUCAAAUCAUGUAUCGGCUAGCGGUUCGAGAUCAGUGCAAGUGCGCCUUGCAGCGCUCCCUGCAAACAACAAAAAAUGGCAGGCAUUACAGCAGCAGCAGAAGGGAAGAAGGCAGCAGCAGAAGUGGACAAGGCAAUGGGCAGGGUCUACCACCGCCGCCACAUAUGCGAGAAGCUGGCUUCGGCAAGUAUUUGGUCUUGAUCGCUCCCCUGGCUGCUGUCGGCGGUGUAAUCACCUACGCCAAGUAUGACGAUGACUUCCGAAAAAUGGUGGAGAAGAAAGUGCCCGGGGCCGAGGCGGUGAUCAAAGUGGCGCUUCAGGAGGAGCCACCAUUCAAGGGAAUCACGCAGAGUGUCAACGACCAAUUCGACAAGGUGAAGUCUGGCUACGACACGGUCAGCUCCUCGGUGAACUCUGUGACCUCCAAGGUGACGGGCCUGUUCGGUGGUGGCAGCAACAGCGACAAGCCCAAGAGUCCGGAGCCCAAGGUGCAGCCUCUGAAGAGUGAAGCUCCCGAGGCCAAGAAACCCGCCGCUGCACCAGCAGCGAAAAUUGAAACGAAAACUGCCAAGCCCGAUGCUGCUCCUGCGCCCCAGCCAGCUGCCGCGCCCAAGCCCGCACCCAAGGUCCCCCUGCCGCUGCCCAAGGAGGUCGUCGAGCUGGAAAAGGCCAUUGAGUUGUCGGCCAAGCUGGCUGUCAAGGAAUACAAUGCUGCCAUUACAGUGCUCAAGGGCUUCAAUGAGGACGUGCGUCGUGUGGUCGACAGGGCUGUGGAGACGGGCGAGAACACGCUGUGGACGACCCUGAGGAACCGUGCCAGUGCCCGGGAUACAGCAGUAUCCACAGCAGAGCGAGCAGCCCGCGAGGCUCAGGAAAAGAUUGUGGCCUGUGAGAUUGCCCUGAGCGAAGUGGCCACAGCAGAGAACCACAAGAAGGUGGAGUCUGUCCGCAACAAGAUCAAGAAGCUGGUGGAUCAUAUAGCCAACGUCAAGGAUGAACUGUACAGGCACAAGGAUACGGCGAGUGUGUCGGACAAGUAUUGGCGCAAUGUGGAACAGGCUCGCAACUAUUUCAUCGAUGAAAUCGAAGCCAUCUUCCCCGGCCUUAAGCUCUCCGAUAAGAAGCUAAAUCUGUCCAAGGAGGAUCUCGAUCUCUUCAUUCUACACGCCUACACCCAUGUCCUGGCCUACCAGAAGGAGCUGCAGCGCCUGCAAACCGACGGCGAGCUGCGUCUCAAGCGCGCCAUCGACUCUGUGCGUGGCGACAACGAUUCGGAGGCCCUGCGCGCCCAGCUAGACUACCACCUGGAGGCGGAGCGUCGCAAGCUGGCUGUGGAAAACCAGAAGAAGAUCUUCCACAUCAAUGCCGAGUCCGACAAGCAGCUGCGUAUGCAGCUCAAGAAGCAGGCUGAGGCCCAUGCCGACCACAUCAAGGACAUUGUGGCCCAGCGCGAAUCGGAUCUGACGCGCAGCUUCAAGCGUGAGCUGGACGACAAGCUGGCUAUCGAGAAGGCCAACUACAAGCUGCAGCUGGCCACUAUGCUGGGCAAGCUUCGCGGCAUGGAUGCUGCCCUGGCGGAGAUAGAGGACGAGUUUCAAGACCGCGCCGAUGCCGAGCGUACGGCCAACCAGUCCCAGGCCUUGUGGGCUGCCUGCCAGGCCCUGUGGGCUUCUGUCCGCAAUGCUACCCCAGGCGUCAGCUACAAAGACAAGCUGCGUCCACUUCAGAACGAGAUCAAAGCCAUUGCGAAGGUGUCACAGGGCGACGAUCUGGUGGCAGCCGUGUUGGAGAGCAUGCCGAAAGAAGCCCGAGAGCGCGGCGUCUAUCCCGAGGAUGCGCUGCGUGAGCGUUUCCUCAGCGUGGAGCGUGUGGCCCGGAGGCUAGCCUUGGUGCCAGAGGAGGGGGCCAGUCUGCCCAUCUAUGUGCUGUCUUAUGUGCAAUCGAUAUUUAUCAUGCGAGCCGAUAAUCCCAUCUCCACGGACGAACUCAACGACAAACCCUUCGAUUACAGCAAAUUGGACACCUAUGACAUACUGAACAGGGCCAGGUACUACGUGGAUCGCAGCAACUUCCUGCUGGCAUUGAAGUAUUUGAACCUGCUACAGGGUGCGCCACGCAAGGUCGCUGGCGAAUGGAUGAAGGAGGUCCGCCUCAUGCUGGAGAUGCAGCAGGCGGCCAACACACUGAUGUCCCAUGCCGCCGCCAGCGGUGUCGUGUAUUUGUAGAUUAUGUUUCCUACCUCUAACCAAACCCGAUUUGAUUUGUUUUUAGUUCAGGAGCUGAAGAAAUGCAACUCAAAAGAUAAUUAGAUAAAAAAGAUGCAAAGCAAUAUUUAAAAUUCCUACAAGAGAACAAAACAAAGCAGCAGAACUUAAAAAAAUUAUAACGUAUAUAUAUAUUUGUAAACGAUUGUUUUAGCUUCAAAUAUACCAAUUAUAUUUAGAGAAA